CUAUUACCUCAAAACCCAUCACAAUCAUCAAUUCCAAUAUUAUUUGUUGUUGUUUUCUUUGUAAGAAAUGGAAAAGAAAGGUGCUGGUGGAAGGAAGGGAGGUGGGCCUAAGAAGAAACCGGUUUCCCGUUCGGUUAAAGCGGGUUUGCAGUUUCCAGUGGGUAGAAUUGGGCGUUACUUGAAAAAGGGUAGAUAUGCACAUCGUGUUGGUAGUGGUGCUCCUGUUUAUCUUGCUGCUGUUCUUGAAUACCUUGCUGCUGAGGUUUUAGAAUUGGCUGGAAACGCAGCGAGAGACAACAAGAAGAACAGGAUUAUACCAAGGCAUGUUUUGUUAGCCGUGAGGAAUGACGAAGAACUCGGGAAACUCCUAGCUGGUGUAACUAUCGCUCAUGGAGGUGUGAUUCCCAAUAUCAAUCCAGUUCUUCUGCCUAAGAAAUCUGACAAGGUUGGAAAAGAACCUGUUGCUAAAUCCCCAUCAAAGGCUACCAAGUCACCAAGGAAGGCCUAAUUUGUGGAGAACAACUUGUAUGAUUACGUUUUAUGUCUUGUUUGAUCUUAAAUAAUCUGUUUAGUGUAUGUAGAUUUGGUAUCUAUUUCUGCAAGUAGGCUUAAGUAUGUUGAAAACUAGGAAUAGUUUAUCUUUAUUUAUGUUAUGUUGUAAAACAAAUGAAACGGGUUGUUUCUCAAGUUCUUCAGUGGUUAUAUAUGACAAAAUCCUUGCUUGUCUUAAA